AUGCCACGCGCUAGACGCCUCGAUGUCACCAAAAUUUGGCAACCCAAUACCGCUGAGGUUCUGAGCGGAGAAAUCCAGUCCCGUUACACGACCCGAGCCGAUGGAGAAGUGAGUAGCCCAUGGUCCUCACUGAAAACCUCAGUCUAUGGGGCAGCCGAGCAAAUUAUUGGAUGCACCCAGCGGCGCCACAUUGAUUGGAUCAGCGGACUGACCCUGCAGUUGUCUACUAAGACAGCCGGAGCUAGGGGCCAAGGUUCCAGUCUGUGCGCGACUCCAGGACGCGACCAAACCAGGCCGGAUUUUUACGCUGGGUGUGGAUGUGUGGAUCAGAUAUUCAUACUGAGGCGGAUCCCUGAAUUCCGCCAUAGCUACCAACAACCAACGGGAAUCUGCUUUGUUGACUUUGCCGCCGCGUUCGUCUCCGUCCAUCAUGACUCCCUAUGGCGGAUAAUGGCCUUUGAUGGUGUACCAGCAAAAAUAAUCGCCAUGAUCAAGGCAUAUUACCGUGACACCACUGCGCGGGUUCUUGUCAAUAAUAACCUUUCAGAACCCUUCACUAUUCGAUCUAGCGUUCGUAAAGGCUAUGUCCUGUCACCAAUUACCUCUAACUACGUCAUUGACUGGGUUCUCGGGAAGACCCUACAGGGAAAUUAUGGUUUUAAGUUUGCACCCAGGAGCCAGUUGCCUAACCUCGACUAUGCCGAUGAUAUUGCUUUACUAGUAUCAAUCUUUGGCGAUCUACAGUCUAUGCUGUCACGGCUGAAUGAGAUCGCGAAAUCGGUCGGUAUGCCUAUAAACGCUGGGAAGAUCAAAGUGUUUCCAUGCUGCAUCCCUGCCCAAGAGAAGGUACCCCUCGACAUUAGUAACUAUCGAUUUGAAGAUGUAGACAAUUUCAAAUAG